GCUGCUGUGAGAGUGGAGUUCUAGGAGCAGAGAUCUGGUGUGUUGCAUGAAGCUCCGGUCAGACAAACGACGCUGAGAGGAACCAUGUUUGAAAACUUCAGAGAAAGACUUCACAUGGUGCAGCAGGAUUUCACCACCGGCUUAAAGACACUUGGAGAUAAAUCAAGAGACACCAAAACCAAGAGAAGACCCAGGUUUGAAGAAAGCCCUCCAGUUUUUAGUGCUGGACUGGAAAUCCUGAGCAGGUAUGAAGAGAAUUGGUUUCUACUCCACAAAAGAACUAAAGACUGUGCUCAGGCCGCAGAGUCAGUAGAUGGGGACAUAGUGAUGCUCUCGGCGCACUGGGACAGGAGAAGAACAGCUCUGACACAGCUACAGGAAGAACUGCAAAGCUUGCCGGCCUUUGUUAGUGAACUGGAUGCCAUCACUGCUAACAUAGCUCAUCUGGAAGGGGACUUUGCGGAGAUGGAGAGCCGACUGAUCUACCUGGAGACUCUGUGCUGUCAGUGUGAACAACAGACGGUCAAACAACAUCAUGUCAACCAACUGGAAGUUUAUAAGAAAAAGAAGAGGAGGGAGGUGGAGGCACUGGAAGUGGAACUGAAUUCGGAGCAUGCUCAGAAGGUGGCGGAACUGGAGCAGACCAUGUGCCAAAAACUGCGAGACCGACAGAAGGUCUAUGAAGAAGCCUUUAACCAAGACAUGGAGCAAUACCUGUCCACUGGACAGAUACAGCAGAGAGAUCAAAUCUCCAGAUUGGAGGACAACAGUCGUGCAUUGCAGUCAGAGAAGGAACCAUCCAAACCUGAUGUGGGUGUUCUGGAUCACAUGACGGUGACCAACAUGUCAGACCAGGAGGCUUUGGAUGACUUCCUUAACUCCAGCGGCGAUGACAUUAGUACUGGAUCAUCACUGACCUCAGGUCCAGACCUCGAGUCCUGCUCCUCUGAGUCUACAAGAAGCCAAAUGAACCAAGCCCCUCCCACUAACAACAAACCAUCCAACCAGGAUGCAGUAUGGGGGCGAGAAGAGGAAGUAGCCAGUGAGGACAGUGAUGAACCUGUGGUGCAGUCAGAUGAGGACGAGAUUCAGCCGGACAUGUCAUUGGUUGGCCUACAGGAUGUCGAGAGGGCCUCUGAUGAGAGUGACUCUGCAGGGGACCUGGCCUAUGGGUAAUUGAACAACCUGGACCUUGAAACUCACUGAACACUGGAACACUGACUGCUGUUGCUCUGGUGCCCUGUGCUUCGCCUGGCUCUCGUCUUCGGCAAACAUGUGCCACUUUUCUGCUUUGAGGUCAAACUGCUCUUUUCUGAUUUGACUUGAAAACAUGCCUCCAACACAAAUGCUGGAUUUUCAUAUCGGACACUUGUGAUUGGAGAAAAUGUGGUCAGUCAGUAAUGCCAACUAACCGUUGAUGAUUCAUAGUUUUCCCAAUAAAAUAUAGUAGCAUGUGAUCCCUGACAGGAAACCUUGAUCAUAGAUGGUGACAAAUCCAUGCCAAUCAGACGUAGUUCCUGACAUGCAUUAGCGGAGGAGAAGGCAGUUGCCACAGUGACAGGAGUUUUUUUAACUUGUGUAAGGCUUGGAGCACCGUGGCAUUCACAAGAUAGAGGAAGGUCAAGUCUUUUUAGUUGGGAGCACAUAUAUCACUUAUACAUGCUGGGUGUAUAGAAAGCUAACUUUUGCAAUGCUCACUGUUAAAAGUCCUCAAGACGUUUGUUGUUUUUCCCCCAAAAAACAUAUUUGCCACCAUAACUCUGCCUGGGUAACAGCUCCAGUGCCUGAGCCCAUACUGCAGAUGGAACAGCUGGAGCCACUGUCAGAUCAAAUCUAGAUAAGACGUUUGGAUCAAGUUUCCUUAGUUCUGACAGAAACUGUCCAACAAUGACAGGACUUAAAGUAUCGUGGUGAUGGAUGCAGUAUGUUAUCCUCUAUUGUGGCAAAAUACAGGUAAACAGUAGAGUACAUUAUUCACCAUUGAAGAGAAUGCAUGGUUGGGUUUUGUUCUUUUCAUUGAAUCUGUUGAAACACCAGAAGUAUGCUUUAACAUGUCUGUCAAGUUUUUUGGUUCAAACCGGACCAUCUGCUCCAGGUUUUUGUUUGACAAUCAGGUGUGUUUUUGUGUCCUCCUCAUUCAAUAAAGUGUCAAUAUGUCUGUAUCGUA